ACUGCGUAGAUAGUGGUGGCGGAGCAGAAGGAUGAGGUCUCAUGUGUGGUCUCUACUGGCGGCAUUACUCCGCGUUCUACUAGUCCGAGGAGCUGGUCCUGAGGAUCCAUCUCCUGAGUGCGGUGACGAAGACGUACGGCUAUUGACCGCUGCGGACAACAAUGCGAUCUCCGCUGCACUUGACGGUGUACUUGGAGACGUGCACGGAUCUCUUGAGAUCUGCGAGAAUGAGGUCUGGAAGAAGGUCGUGCUGUGCUUGAACGGAAACGGAGAAGAGCUCUGGACGACGGAGAAUACUGCAGUAGCCUGCCGGGAACUGGGAUAUCCUGCUCCAGGCGAGUCGGGAGCUUAUGACAUUCAAAGCACAGAGUCAAGUAGGAGACUCUCAUACAUUCCUCAAUGUAUGGGGAGCGAGGAGAGACUGGAGGACUGUUCUACUCUAAAUCAUGCUGGUAACUGUGAUGCUCCGCUAGUUAUCAGCUGUUGGAACAGCUCAUCAGAUACUUCUGUCAUAAUAUUGAUGACUAGAACACUAGUAUCUUCAGUAAAACUACUGGUAUCCCCAGCUUCUACACAAACAUUAACUCCGUAUUAUUCAGUCAAACAAUCCUCCUCUAUAAUGUACUAUGAUCUGGAGACUAAGCCACCAUCAGAACUACCAUCCUCCAGCCCUCUCCCCACACCACCAGUGGAGCCAGUACCAGUGGUGAGAGGUGUUGGCUGAUGUUUGUGUAUGGUGUACUGUUUGGAGCAGUAGUGGGAGCUGGGAUAACAGGAUCUCUGGCUCUCUGCUAUCUGAUUCUUAGAAGGAGAAACAUCCAAAAACUUGCAGGUGAAGGAGAUGAAAUGGAGAGGAACCCAGCCUACCUGACCUCUGCCUCCCUCAUUCCCUCCUUCACCAACCCUUCAUAUGCUG